CCCAAAAUGGCCCUGGACGAUUCCCAGCAGCCGUACCAAGAUGAUGGAGUUACGGCAGUUACACAGCCUAGAGCUUCCAAGCCCGCGGUUGUCCGCAAGAAAUUUGCAAAGCCUCCAGUCAAAGUAGCGUGUCUUGCGUGCGACUUGGAAUCUUCUCGUCUUGCCGUUCAUUGCGACUGAUUGAUUGUCUAUCUCAGUCGUGCUUCCAGAACGAGAUGCGAUGGUCAAGACCCCUGUACAAACUGUCUUAGCAAAAAGCGAAAGUGCUCCUACCUACCCAGUAAACGAGGAGGUCCUCGGAAAAAGAAGAAGCCCUCGAUUCCUUCAGAC